GCUCGGUUCGACGCCGCCUGGGGGCUGAGCCGGGGCGUCCCUGCGUGGAGCCCGCCGGCCACGUGCAGGGCCGGAGCCAGCUGCUGCGGAGGGAGCGAACAGACCCGGGCCUCCCCUGGGGUCCGUUCUGGGGCCGCUUCUCUUCAUCAGCGAUGUAGAGAAUGGUGUAGCGAGCACGUCAGUAAAUUUUCCCGUGACACCCUGUACGAAGCAGUGCUGGAGAUCCUACAAGGGACUCAAGUGAAACCAUGCAAGUUUGCAGAAACUGUGGAGCUGCUGAUCAGCCUGAAAAACUAUGACCCGCAGAAGGACAAACAUUUCUGGCACAGUCAGGCUUGGCACCUCUCUGAUUCCACCAAGUCUUUGGCCUGCAUCCUUCUCCCUUCCGGGCACUUUGAAUGUACAUGUGGUUGGCAACACGUUGACUGCUUGAUACAAUGGCAGGACGGUGCAGUGCUGAAUUGCCCAGGUAGUUCAGACACCCCCUCCACACACACCCGUCUCCAAGUGGUAUGGAUGGACAGACCCCUAUCCUGGGUCUUAAAAUGUGAGCAGAGAUGUGAUGAGGCUCCUGUGCUGAUCCCUCUGACCAGUUGGAGAAGCCAGAUUAGAGGCAGGUGGAUGAAGAUUCACAGGUGAUUGUUGUAAGGUUUCUGGGCUAUAGCUCUGCAUGCUCCCUCAAGGUGUGUAGUGCUGACAGUGCAGAAGGACAGUGUGGGGGUGUUAUCUUCCCUUCCUGACAGGCUCAAGUCCUUCCUGUGUCCUAAAUUCUCAGCCUGUGUGCUGGGGGUCGAGCAACACUGAUGAGGCCAAAGCAAUCAAAUAUCCCUCAUGUGGACAUCAAGGCUCUGAAGAAACUCAAGAACAAGAAGCUAGUGAAAAAGGGUCUGAACAAAGCUGACAAGAUCCCCUCCCUUUUCGCUCACAAUGAAAACAUGGUGGCCAAAGUCAGUGAAGUCCAGUCUAUCAUCAAAUUUCAAAUGAAAAAGGUGCUUUGUCUGGCAGUGGCUGUUGGCCAUGUAAAAAUGACUGAAGAUGAGCUAGUCUACAACUUUCACCUGGCCAUCAACUUCCUGGUGUUCUUGCUGAAGAACUGUCAGAAUGUGCAUGUUGUACAUCAAGAGCACCAUGGGAAAACCACAGCACCUCUACUAAACUGGCAGUAAUAAAUGUUUCAGAGCACCCAGUCACUCUGCGUCUGUGUCUCCUCAUCCGCAGAGCUUUCAGUCGUUUUAGGACUCUUGUUCCCAAUCAUUUUGAGUAACUGUCUCAUUCUAUGAGACUGAGACCUCUGCUGUACCUUGCCAUUGUCAGUCCCCUCCUGCGUACUUGUUUGUAACUUAACCUAUGUUGGAGCUGCUUGUGAUUCAGAAUUUUAGAGCAGUGAUUCUCACCCCAGGGAUGCACAUACCCCUGGUUAUGUAGAGGUCUUCCGGGUGUACGUUAACUCAUCUAGCUAUUUCCUUAGUGUUACGACAGGUUACAUGAAAUGCACUAGCCAAGUCAAUACAAACUAAACUUACAUACAGACAAUGACUUGUUUAUAUUGCUCUGUGUACUUACAUUUCAGUGUAUAAUAUAUAAUUAUAUGGUAAAAAUCAGAGUAAGCAAUUUUUCUGUAAUAGUCUGCUGUGACACCUUUUUCUAUUUUUUUCUGACUUUGUAAGCAAGUAGUUUUUAAGUGAGGUGAAACUUGGGGCUACACAAGACAAAUCAGCCUCCUGAAAGGGGUAUACAGUAAUCUGGAAAGGUUGAGAACCACUGUGUUAGAGCAACCUAUAUGCCAUUGAGAGCAUACCUAAAGUUAAAUGAGGAGUAGCCGCAGUUAAAUGACGGGGAUCAGCAGGGAAGCUUCUCAUAAAGAUGAGCUGCGAAGCCAGAUGAAUUGAACAGAUUCCCAUCCUGAAGACUCUCACUAGCCAGUCAGGAGCCUUCAACAUGGAAAGAUUUCUUUGAUGAAACCUUCUUUUUUAAGUCCUUCUUAGAAUAUGAUGUCUUCACAGAAUUUUAUAAACCCUGCAGCCCCCCCUGCCACCCAAUCAGUUUUACAAUCCAGCCAGGAAUGU